AUGUCUUCUUCCAAAUCAGACAAAACCAAACCAGCAGGACCUGCAAAACCCCGUCCAUCAACAACAACAACAACUGAAACACCAAUUGUAAAUAAGACUAAUACGACAACGACUACGACAACUGCUACAACGAUGGAUAAACCAACAGCACCAACAACAGCCAAAUCAAAGACACCUGUUAAACCCGCAGCGGCACAACCACCCAACUCUAUCUUAAAGUCUUCAUCAAAGUCAUCACCAUUGUUAAAGGAAAAGGAAAAAGAGUCUACUACAACUACGAUGGUAGCUCCAACAACACCAACUAAAAAGAGUACACCUGGAGUCAUUACGAAAUCAUCAUCUACAACAACGGGUCCAGCAAAAACAAAAGAAGAAGAAGAAGUAAAUAAGGAAUAUCUUCGUCUCCUCGAUCAACUGGUCCCAUAUUUUUGGGAGAAUCCAAGAACAACUAUCGAUGUUCUCAACCGUGUAAGGACAAAAGGAUGGCCAACCAAAGGCAAUAUUUUUCUAAAUUUGAGAACACCUGCCCACGUUUACUUAAUAAUAUGGCAUCUUAUUAAGGUCGGAAUGACACAGGUUGUAGAUAAGGAGACAAGACCUAACCAGGUGGUUAAAGAUAUAAAAAAGGCUUAUCCAGGCACCGAGCCCUGCACCGAGCCCUCAAUUAUUUGUAACUUGAUGUUGGAUCCUUCAUGUACAGAGAGAAUUAAUGAUGCUGAAGAUAGAAUAAGAAAGGCUAUUGGCCAUGUUCUUGAUAUUAAAGAUGCAAAUAAACUAAAGCUCCCGGUUCCAUCAGAAUGGUGUCUUGUUUCUGAUGAUCGCCUCAAGCGUAUUCAAAGAAAGUUGGCAAAAAUACCUGAUCAAGAUAUUUACAAUUUUCAUACACAGAUAUUCACAGGUUUGCGAAAAGAAGAAGAAGAAGAAGGAGUAAAAGAAGAACCAUUGGACAUAGUCAAUCAUAUAUUAAAACUAAAAGCAAUCAAAUAA